GCCGCCGCCCACAAGCGGGGCCCGAGAGUCAAGCUCGCCUUUCCGGUGCUAGAGACGCUCCAGGCGGGACACGGGAGAGAAGACUGGCGGUAUUAGCUCUGUUGGGCACGGCCACGUGUGAAUACCGGUGGGGCGGACUGCGCUUCCCCGGCGAUGGGUAGCAGCCUGCCGGGGCCGGGCAUCGCUCUCCUCUUAGCGGUGCUCCUCAGUCCGUGGCAGCGGUCCUCGGCGGCGGCGGCGGGUUGUUCUGGCUGUGGAAAAUGUGACUGCGGUGGAGUAAAGGGGCAAAAAGGUGAAAGAGGUUUGCCAGGUUUACAAGGUUUGGUGGGAUUUCCUGGAGUACAAGGGCCAGAAGGGCCCCCAGGAUCCUCUGGAAUGAAGGGCGAUACUGGAGAACCAGGAUUACCAGGAACAAAAGGAACUAGAGGCCCACCUGGUCCAGCAGGCUAUCCCGGGAAUCCUGGCCUUCCGGGCAUCCCUGGAGGAGAUGGCCCACCUGGUCCUCCUGGGAUCCCAGGAUGCAAUGGAACAAAGGGAGAAAGAGGUCCUCUUGGUCCACCUGGCUUACCUGGCUUACCUGGCAAUGUUGGGCCCGCAGGACGUCCGGGAAUAAAGGGAGACCCAGGAGAAAUUAUCGGAAUGGUGCCAGGUGGUUUUCAAAAGGGUGAGAAGGGAUUUCCUGGCCACCCUGGAUUACCAGGAUCACCUGGACUACCAGGUCUUGCUGGCCCUAUUGGACCACCUGGAAUUCCUGGAAGACAAGGUAUUCCAGGGCCACCUGGACCUGCAGGUGAGAAGGGUCAUAUGGGCUUGCGUUUCCAAGGUCCAAAAGGGGAUAAGGGUGAGCGUGGUGUCAUAGGCCCUCCUGGUCCCCAAGGAACGGAUUCACAGCAGCAACAGAAAGGGAUCAUAGUCAUACCUGGAGAUAAAGGUGCUCCUGGUGAAAAAGGUGAAGCUGGCUUACCAGGGCCACCAGGCCAGAGCAUCAAAGGGGGAAAAGGUGAACCUGGGAAACCUGGUUCACGGGGAAGGCCUGGAAAGGAUGGAGAGGACGGAGAGAAGGGAGAACGUGGAGUACCUGGUCAGCCAGGAUUUCCUGGACCUCCUGGUGCAACUGGACCUAAAGGAGACAAGGGUGUAGCAGGACUUCCUGGACCUCCAGGAAUUGUUACAGGUGAAGAAGAAGAAGAAGUGUUUGGUGAAAAAGGAGAUCCAGGACCUCAAGGAUUUUCAGGAAGGAAAGGUGAACCAGGUCCAAAAGGUGAUGCAGGUUUUCCAGGGCCACCAGGUCCUCCAGGGCAACCUGCUUCAGAGAUCAGAGGACCACCUGGUUUUCCUGGUGAAAGAGGGGAAAAAGGUGACCGGGGACCUCCUGGACUUUCUUUGCCUGGGCCAAAAGGAAGAGAUGGAUUUACAGGACCUCGUGGUUCACCUGGGCCUCCAGGCCCCCCUGGUGUAACAGAUGGAAUUCUGGGGUGUGAACAUGGUCCGCCUGGUGACCCAGGUCUUCAAGGAAGCCCUGGACAGCCGGGUUACUCAGGAGAAAGAGGAGAGAAAGGUGAAAAAGGUGAAGGUUGCCUGGUGUGCGAUGGGGCAGGUUUUCCUGGGCCUCCAGGGCCUCAAGGGCUUCAGGGGGAUCCAGGCGUUCAAGGACCACCAGGUGCUAAAGGUGAUAGAGGUUCUCCUGGAUUUGGAGGCAUUCCAGGAGUGGCAGGACCUCCUGGUACACCAGGUUUUAUUGGAAGCCCAGGACCAAAAGGAGAACCUGGAGAGGUUUUCUAUGACUCCAUUGUAAAAGGUGAAAGGGGAGAACCAGGAUCCCCUGGACAACCAGGUAUUCCUGGUAGAGAAGGAAGGCCAGGAAACGAUGGUCUACCUGGCAUCCCAGGACCUAAAGGAGCAUCCGGAACCAUUGGACUAAAAGGAGACCAUGGACUCCCAGGAAUAAGUGGUUUUCCAGGACCUCCUGGAGACAGAGGUUUUCCUGGGUCCCCAGGAGUUGGGAGGCCUGGACCUCAUGGUGAUAAAGGGGAAAAAGGGGGUUCCGGAAUCCCUGGGAACCCAGGACUUCCAGGUCCUAAAGGUGAAGCUGGACGUGUCAUUUCUCUGUCUGGUCCCUCUGGGCCCAGAGGUUUUCCCGGACCCGCUGGAAAUCCAGGCCUCCAAGGUGACAAGGGAGACGCAGGGAUCCCAGGAAGACCUGGCCUGCCAGGUGAAAAAGGUCUGGCAGGGCCUCCAGGAAUUGGAUUUCCUGGCCCUCCAGGGCCCCCAGGUUUUCCCGGUCAGCCAGGUCCACAAGGUUUGAGUGGAGAGAAGGGAGAUCUUGGAUCCCACGGUGCACCAGGUGCAGCUGGAGCCAAAGGACAGAAGGGUGAAGCUGGAUUAGGUCUCCCAGGUUCUAAAGGUUUUCCUGGUCUCCAAGGACGAGAUGGCUCUCCUGGAACAAAAGGCGACCAGGGAUAUCCUGGUGUGCCAGGGGAAAAAGGGUUUCCUGGCAUACCUGGCCAGGCAGGAUCUCGAGGUGAAUCGGGUCCUCCUGGAUUACCAGGUUUACAGGGCUCCCCUGGUGAACCCCAGAUGGGCCUUCCUGGCCCCCCUGGCCCCCCAGGACAAUUUGGGCCUCCAGGACCAUUAGGGCCUCCAGGGAUCAAAGGCGAGAGAGGCCAUCCAGGUAUCCCUGGAGUAGAUAUGCCAGGGCCUAAAGGAGAUAAAGGGAGCCCAGGACCACAAGGGCUACCAGGUGUGCAAGGGUCAUCAGGCCAACCUGGCUUACAGGGACAACAAGGACAUUCUGGUGUUCCAGGACUUAAAGGAGAAAUGGGAAUUAUGGGUACCCCUGGAACCCAAGGUCCUCCUGGCCCUGUAGGAACUCCUGGAACUCCAGGUGAAAAAGGUAGCAUAGGUUUUCCUGGAGUGGCAGGACACAGAGGUGAUCCAGGGUUAAAAGGUGAAAAAGGUGAAGUUGGUCUCCCAGGAGAGCCAGGAUCAAUGGAUCAUGUUGAUAUGGAAAACCUGAAAGGCCAAAAAGGAGAACAAGGAGAUAAAGGAGCAAAAGGGAUAAUAGGAGAGAAGGGGAUUCAAGGAAUUUCUGGCAGCUCAGGAAUGCCAGGGAAGGAUGGGGAUCCUGGUUUACCAGGCCAAUCAGGACCAAAAGGAGAUCCAGGUACUCCAGGAUUCCACGGUGAACCAGGAUUUCCUGGAGAAAAAGGAUCAGUGGGUGAAAUGGGUAUACCAGGGAUACCUGGAGAAAAAGGUGUUCGAGGCCUUCCAGGUGAGCCAGGUCAAACAGGAUUUCCUGGAGUUAGAGGUGAAAAAGGACAGAAAGGAGAGUCUGGACUUCCUGGAAUUGGCUUCCCUGGAGCUCCUGGUGAGAAGGGUGAACAAGGAUGGUCGGGUAGUGCAGGCUUACCUGGAGAAAAAGGUGAAAAGGGCACUCUAGGUAGUUCAGGCAUCCCCGGAUUCCCAGGCAUCAAAGGGCAACCUGGCCUUCCAGGUUCUCCAGGUGUUCCGGGAGCACCAGGUGAAAAAGGACAGAAAGGAUCCCUAGGCUUGAGUGGCUUCCCAGGCUUCAAAGGACACGCAGGUGACAUUGGACCACCUGGUCCACAGGGAGCUAUUGGAGAAAAAGGUGAGCCAGGUUUUGGUGGAAUUCCAGGCUCUCCUGGUUCAAAAGGUGAUUCAGGUCUUCCAGGCAGAGGAUUUCCUGGAUUUCCAGGUGAAAAAGGAGAAAGAGGUCCUAAAGGAAAUGUGGGCUCUCCAGGAAGUCCAGGAAGUCCAGGAAUUCCUGGUACAAAGGGAGACAUUGGAUUUGUUGGUCCCCAAGGUCCCCAAGGCCAACCAGGCAUCCCUGGGUUACCAGGGAAGUUUGGUGAGGGGCCCAAGGGUGACCGGGGACCCCAAGGGCAACCUGGGCUUCAAGGGCUUCCUGGGCCUCACGGAUCUCCAGGGGUUUCAGGAUUAACAGGAGAAAAAGGAGAAAAAGGAAACCCAGGUUGGCCAGGAGCACCUGGGAAAGCUGGACUCAAAGGUGACAAGGGAUUUCAAGGAAUCUCUGGCAAUGCUGGUUUCCCUGGAACUUCUGGUCAGAAAGGUGACAUGGGACCUCCUGGAGUUCCAGGUCCCCAAGGUCUAAAAGGUUCUUCAGGUUUACCUGGAUCCAAGGGAACACAGGGUGACCAAGGGUUUCCUGGAGCUAAAGGUUUGCCAGGCCCACCAGGUCCUCCAGGCCCUUUUCAUCUUCUGAAAGGCGAACCAGGCCUACCUGGUUCCUUAGGUCCUGCUGGCCCCAAAGGAUUUCCUGGUUUUCCAGGACCAAAAGGACAACAAGGUGUAACAGGACUUCCAGGUUUGGAUGGCCCCUCAGGAAUGCCAGGAUUUGAUGGCACACCUGGUCAGAAAGGAGAAAGUGGCCCUGUGGGUCCCCCAGGUCCUAGAGGCUUUCCUGGUCCACCUGGUCCUGAAGGCAUGCCAGGGUCAAUGGGUCCACCAGGCAGUCCCUCUGUGGCUCAUGGUUUCCUUGUGACCAGGCACAGCCAAACCACAGAAGAGCCCUUCUGUCCAUUUGGGACAAGACUCAUGUUCUAUGGAUAUUCUUUGCUUUAUGUACAAGGCAAUGAACGGGCCCAUGGUCAGGAUUUGGGUUCCGCUGGAAGCUGUCUACGUAAAUUCAGCACAAUGCCUUUCCUAUUCUGCAAUAUUAACAAUGUCUGCAAUUUUGCCUCGAGAAAUGAUUAUUCUUACUGGUUGUCAACCCCUGAACCCAUGCCAAUGAGCAUGGCUCCUCUGACAGGAGAAAGCAUCAGACCUUUCAUCAGCAGGUGUGCUGUGUGUGAAGCUCCUUCUAUGGUGAUGGCAGUUCACAGCCAAACGGUUCAAAUUCCACCAUGCCCAGAAGGCUGGAACUCUCUGUGGAUAGGCUACUCCUUUGUGAUGCACACCAGCGCAGGGGCAGAAGGCUCCGGGCAAGCACUGGCCUCUCCAGGCUCCUGCCUUGAAGAGUUUCGCAGUGCGCCGUUCAUUGAGUGCCAUGGGAAGGGCACCUGCAAUUAUUAUGCCAAUGCGUACAGCUUCUGGCUUGCCACCAUUGAGAGGAAUGAAAUGUUCAAAAAACCUACGCCUUCCACACUGAAGGCUGGAGAACUACACUCAAAUGUUAGCCGCUGCCAAGUCUGUAUGAAAAGAACAUAAUGACUUCCCCGUUGUACCUAAUUUCACAAUAUGGUGCUAUUUUGUUAACAGCAGUGAAGCUUAGGCAUGUAUCCUAUGUACCUCAUUGUUACCAGGUAUAAAGCCAUCAAGUGCCUUACGGGAAUCUGCCUGACUAAAUUCUCUACUUUUUUGGCCUUUAUUUGCUGAAGAGGAAAAAGAUGCAGUGGAGACAAUGCUUCAGAUGGCACUUUUGAAGAAACCUGAUUUUGUACAUCAAUGUGAUGCACUGAAACCUGCUCUAAAUUCAGAAUUGGGGGGAAAAAGAGAAGGAUCCAGUUCUGCCACAUGUAUGCAACUCCUUUUUUCUAUGUGUAUGCAUUACAUAUAUGGGAUUCUAUCAUAAUUAGGAUGAUUGUUAGACAAAUUAACCCAUACAAACAGGACUUCUGGACCCAAAGUAUUGUUGAAGAGCAGUAUUCCUGAUUGACACGACAACAUGCCAAUGUUUCCUCUUGCAUUGCAUUAAAAGGCCUGGAGCCAAGGGAGCAGAGUUCUGGCUGAGGGAAUGAAGGUUUCUGCUCUGUGGUACUAUGUGGCCCUGUCUAGUCCACCUUCCUAAGGAAUACAGGAUGGACCAGUGUGUGUGCAAGCUGAUUGAUGUUGAAUAUUUAUGUAUUAGCCAUUCUGCAAAUGAAGCAUUGAACGGUUUUUAAUUAUAAUGUAUUUUUUCUUAAUAUCCACUCUUAUGUUAGAGGAGAUAUGAGAAAUAACUAAUCCUCCUAGAUAAUGAUCAAAUUGGCUAGGAAAAAACCCUAGUCAACCAGUCAACCACCUGGUGAUUACUACAGUAAUAUUCAGGCCUUGAGCAGCUUCUUUAUGGAUUUAAUAUUUCAGGGUUUUUAAGCACUAAUACACUGAAUGACUUGAUUUUAACAGAUGAAUGGCCUUAUGAUUUGGUGAAGUUUUUAGUUAAUAAACUCACAUGCUUUUUUAUAAAAUAUGCUGAUAAUUCAAAAAAUCAUAUGUAAAACAGGUUGUAUAAAAAUUGUAUUAAAAUACUUUUAAAAAUAGGCCCUCUUGAUAAAUCCUUCACAGUGGACCUUUUAAAAUUAAAGUCUGUAAUAAAACAAUUUGUAUAAAAAUA